AUGCUUAAAGAAUCUCUAAAAACAGUAAGAAAACUUCAAAGUAAUUCUGAAGUUUAUACCCAAAUAGCAAACUCUUUUCAAGCAGCAUUUGCCAGAACUCCUUUGCCUUUAUAUCUCCGCAUAGCUUUUCACGAUGCUGGGACCUUUGAUAAAUUCACAAAUACUGGUGGACCUAAUGGAAGCAUAUUAAAUGCAACUGAGCUAGCACGUGAUGAAAAUAAAGGAAUUAGUACCGUAAAAGAUGUGUACCUUAAUAUUAUUCUGUAUUGCAUCAAAUACGCUUUAUUACUUUUAGCAUUAAAUCGCAGAUAAAAUAGCAUAAUUUAUUCUAAAACUAUAUAAAACCUCCUUUCCUUCAGUAUCAUUGGCUGAUAUCAUUCAAAUAGGAGGAUAUGUAUCUGUAAGUGCUUCAGGUGGACCAGUAAUGCCAUUUAGAUUUGGAAGAGCCGAUUGCACUGCUUCUACAGCUGACACUGAUGGAAGAAUUCCGGAUCCAUCUAGCAAAAAUGUCAGAGCAAUUUUCAGAUCUAUGGGAUUUAAUGAUAUAGAAACUGUUGCAUUAAGUGGCGCGCAUACUCUAGGAGGCCUUAGAUUUGUAGGCCCACAAUUAAUUCCAUUUACAAAUCAGCCACUUGUGUUCAGCAAUAAAUAUUAUCAGCUUUUACUCCAAGCACAGCAGCAAGGCUUGGCUCGGCUGAUUUCUGAUUCAUUUCUUGUAAUGGAUCCUGCGUUGCUAGCAAUUGUGCAGUCUUUCGCAAACAAUAAUGAUUUGUUUUUCAGCGAAUAUUCUAAAGCUCAUGUGAAGCUAUCAGAGUUGGGGUACCAUUAA